AUGGAUUACUACAGAAAAUAUGCAGCUGUCAUUCUGGCCACAUUGUCUGUGUUUCUGCAAAUUCUCUAUUCCUUUCCUGAUGGAGAGUUUACAAUGCAGGGCUGCCCAGAAUGCAAGCUAAAGGAAAACAAAUACUUCUCCAAGUUGGGUGCCCCAAUCUAUCAAUGCAUGGGCUGCUGCUUCUCCAGAGCAUACCCCACUCCAGCGAGGUCCAAGAAGACAAUGUUGGUCCCAAAGAACAUCACCUCAGAAGCCACAUGCUGUGUGGCCAAAGCAUUUACCAAGGCUACAGUAAUGGGAAAUGCCAGAGUGGAGAAUCACACUGAGUGCCACUGCAGUACUUGUUAUUAUCACAAAUCUUAAAGAGUUUGCAAAGGGCCGUGUUGAUGACUGCUGAUUUCCUGGAG